UGCGGCGGGCUCGAAGAGGCGGCUGACGGGGCGGCGGCGAGCGGCCGGACGCUCCUCGGAGUUCGGCGGCGGCGGCAGCGGCGUCUCCAUGGGGCUGGCCGUGGGCGUCGGUGCGCUGUGAGACUGCUUCCACCACUCUAAGGAGACAGCGCUCAGAGUUCCUGGAUAGCUCGCCUGGUGAGGAGCUGGCAAUAAUUUAAUUCCAUCUCUAGUUUUUUUGUGUAGGCACAUCGAGAACCAUGAACAACUUUAAGAAGGAGGAGUUUGACUGUCACAUCCUUGAUGAAGGAUUUACAGCUAAGGACAUUCUGGACCAAAAAAUUAAUGAAGUUUCUUCCUCUGAUGACAAGGAUGCUUUCUAUGUUGCGGACCUGGGAGACAUCCUGAAGAAACAUCUAAGAUGGCUAAAAGCUCUUCCCCGUGUCACUCCCUUUUAUGCAGUCAUAAGUAAUGCCAGCAGAGCCAUAGUGAACACCCUAGCUGCAGUCGGGACAGGUUUUGACUGUGCAAGCAAGACUGAAAUCCAGUUGGUGCAGGGGCUCGGGGUGCCUCCAGAGAGGAUUAUCUAUGCAAAUCCUUGUAAACAAGUGUCUCAGAUCAAGUAUGCUGCCAGCAGUGGAGUCCAGAUGAUGACAUUCGACAGCGAGAUUGAGCUGAUGAAGGUCGCCAGAGCACAUCCAAAGGCAAAGCUGGUUUUGCGGAUUGCCACUGAUGAUUCCAAAGCAGUUUGUCGCCUCAGUGUUAAGUUUGGUGCCACACUCAAAACCAGCAGACUUCUCUUGGAACGGGCAAAAGAGCUAAAUAUUGAUGUCAUUGGUGUCAGCUUCCAUGUGGGGAGUGGAUGUACUGAUCCUGAGACCUUCGUGCAAGCCCUGUCGGAUGCCCGCUGUGUCUUUGAUAUGGGAACAGAAGUUGGUUUCAGCAUGUAUCUGCUUGAUAUUGGUGGUGGCUUUCCUGGAUCUGAGGAUACGAAGCUUAAAUUUGAAGAGAUCACCAGUGUGAUCAACCCAGCUCUGGACAAGUACUUCCCCCCAGACUCUGGGGUAAGAGUCAUAGCCGAGCCAGGCAGAUACUAUGAGAGCGGGAUGGACCGUCACCCAGCAGCCUGUGCUUCCACUAGUAUCAAUGUGUAG